AUGGCUUCCCGCGAGAUCCGCAACUGGACAUUCUGCGGCCUCGUCGGGGCGUUCCUUGACCUCGCCCUCGUCUACUUUAUGCUCUGUGGUGCCACCUUUGCCUUUUUCGCCGCCAAGUUCCUUGGAGUUUUCGGCCUGCACCUCCCGUGUCCAUGCGGCGGGCUCUUCGGUCACCCCGAUGGCCAAUGUCUCCACGGCCUACUCGUUGACCACCCGCCCCGGAAGAUCUCAUCCGUCAUGACGUCUGUGCGGAACAGCUUCCCCUUCGAUGCCGUCUGGACAAAGGGAGAGGGCAGUCCUCGCGAUUUCGACGAGAAAUUCACGAAGGAUGGUGGAGCUCAGAGCGAUAACCUCGUGGAGAAGACAAGGGAGGAGGCAGAGUCAUCGUGGUCGAAGAAUUCAAGUUCCUGUGAUCUUUCAUCGGUGAACAGAGCGAGUCAGGCUGAAACAAACAGCUCCCCCAGGCGACUGCCAGAUAAUCCGGACGGCAGAGGCAAGAGCGAUGUCAACAAUCUCAAGCCCCCUCUAGGACCAAGACGUCGUCGCAGAUCUUCUACCGAGCAAAGGAAGUCAUCACCUGUAUUCUCCUCCAGUUCUAGACUGAGUCUCUGCGAAACCCAGGACUAUUAUCACAAUGUGAGUGAACAGAUGACGGAAGUCGAUGGGGAGGACGUCGCAACACUUCAAUGCGGAGACGAUCAUCCUAUAUCAGGUAAGUAAGCAAAGUUGAGUCUAAACUGGGUCUAUCUUCCUUCUGGCAGUGAUUUCUGAUAUGAAUAGACGCAAACAUGAUAUUCUAUUGGAAUUAUUUUUAUUAUAAAUUGAGUUAAAUAUAUGGUUUUUUUUUAUAACAAUCCUGAUUAUGAUUUUUCAGACAAUCAGAAGAGUUUUUCUGGCCUUGGAUCAUCCCAGCACCUCGCCAGCUCUCAGGCUACAGAAAGGGACCUGGUAACUAGUCCUCUUGAGGAUCAUUCAUUUGAUGGAGAUAAGGUGGAAGCGAUUAGAGUUUUAAAGAAGGCGCUUGAACAGGAGCGAACCUCUCGUUCUCAUAUUUACCUUGAGUUGGAGAAGGAGAGGAGCGCUGCAGCAACUGCAGCAGACGAGGCCAUGUCCAUGAUACUGAGGCUUCAAAAAGAAAAGGCAGGGAUAGAAAUGGAAGCUCGACAGUACCAAAGAAUGAUAGAAGAAAAGAAUGCAUAUGACGAGGAAGAGACGAAUAUUCUGAAAGAGAUCAUCAUAAGAAGAGAGAGGGAAAAUCAUGUUCUGGUGAAGGAGAAUGAGCUGUACAGGCAGAUCAUACUUUCAGGAGAAGGAAGCGAGCAGCUGAUGCUAGAUGAGCUUCAGCUAAGUACAUCUUCCUUGGAAGGUAAAGAUGCCAGCUUAGGUGACAUGGGCAACGAGCAGCCAUCGUGGGGCUCUGCAGAAGAAGGGAAAUACUUGAAGGCUAGCAGUGAUGAGAGGCUUCAAACUUCAGAUGGGCAUUGUGUGGAAUCACCAGAAGGAUAUGAUGAGAAAGGGAUGUUGACUGCCACUGCGUACCCUUCAGAAGAAAGUGGUCAAACAGGUGCAUAUGGGGAUGAUCUAAGUUUAUGUAGGUCGAGUGGGUCUCUUAAGAAUAUUUUCCACGAUGAAGAGCCUUCAGUCGACAAAAUUGGAGAUAAUUGUUCGAAAACUGUUCAGCAAUUUACCUGUGAUAGUGGCUCAGAUUGGGAAGAUCAUCAGGAUCACAGUUUAGGAGGCUCCAAAUCUUGUGAUCCUCAUUUAAGGGCCGAACAAAGUGUCUAUGAUGUGCAUUUUAUCAACGAUAAAAUCUGUGAAGAACGAGAUAAGAAACAAAAUGACUUUCCUUUUGCGGGCAGUGUGUUAAGCCUGAGGACCGACGACCUUGGUUCAGAGCAUCCUAAAAGCAGGAAUAUUGAAGUGAUAAAGGUUCAGUCCGCUGAUAACUUGUCAGAAGCUGAGAAAAAUGCCCAUAGAAGCAGCCCAAAUCCGAAAAGGGUGCUCCGUCCUGUGGACAGUUCCAGUGAUUGCUCGUCACAUUGUGGGUUAAGAAGAAGCUCCAUGUCAGCAGUUGACAAGGAGAGACUGAUCCUUGAAACUGAAGUGGAGUUUUUAAGAGAAAGGCUAAAGCUUGUCCAGCGAGGAAGAGAAAUGCUGCACUUCUCUGUGGGCAGCAAUGACAAGGAGAAUCUUCAGUUGCAACUCUUAGAGGAAAUUGCAUCUCAACUUUGUGAGAUCCGACGAUUGACUGAACCCAGGAAGGCCACUUGGCAGGUCCCACUGCCUCCAUUAUCUAAGGUACAUCAGUGAGCUUGUUGGUACGUUUCAUUGUUAUUAAUUUAUGGGUACGGAAAUAUAUUUUAGCUUUAAAUCUUCAUAGAACUGAUGCUUGAAGUUGGUUCCUCUGUUGAAACUGAAGCGGAAUAAUUAACUCUUAUUUGAAAUAUAAUUUUAUUGGAUUUAUAUUUAAACGCCUCAUGGGAAUAGCGGCAUGACCAAGCAUAAUAUUUAAAAUUUUUACGGUUGACGUAGUCAGUAAACCUGCUUGCUCUUGUGAAAAGAAGUACAAUAGAAGCAAUAAAUUUUUAGAAAUACAUCUGUUUUAGUCUGAAAAAAAAUAAAAUCUCUAACUUAGCAGAAAAUUACUUAGAUAUAAUUUAUUUAUCCCUAUAUCUUGACGUUUUUAAUGCCAUUCGAUAAAUGAUGCCAUGUAAUUCUAUUCUAAACGUGGUUCCAACCUUAAUUCUCCGAUUCAGAAUGAGCUCGAUUAUUACUGAUUUUAUGUCAAUCUAAGCAGAUGGAUCUCGGGAUUCCAAUUCAGGUUGGAACCGAUUAGUUACUGAUCUUGUUUCGAUGUAAGCAACUCGAUCUUGGGCUUUUGGAAUGUCCUGAAAUCAGGAGAUUCUAGGUUUUGCUAGUCCUUUAGAAGGCCACUGAUUAUUCCAUAUUACAUCAUUGCUUGGGUCUCCCCAUUUUUACCUGGUCCUGUUGUAAAAGUGGAAGAAAACCUAGUAGAGGAAAUAUGUUGUACUCACAUGCUUUUAGAGCUUAAUUUAUAUGUCACCUGAGUAAAUGGACACGAAAGAGGAAGAGAAUAUGGAACUCCUUUUUUUUAAAAAAAUUUUAAAGGACAGAAAAUAGAAAGGGGCCUUGGUGGAAAUCCUAAAAAAUAUCAAGAGGCUUCUGUGAUGAAGAUUUGGAAUGUAAUAAUGGAAAAUAAGGCUGAAAAAAAAUGAUCUUGGAGUUUCUAAUCACCAUCUAUAAGAUGCAGUUCUCUUGUAAUGAACUUAGCCCAGGAAGAUAAAUCAUCUUACUCUUAACCAGUGGAAAGGUAAUGUCCUUGCAUCAGGAAUAUUUCUGAAUUAUCUUUUCUGAAUUAGUCCUUGUUUUGAUGUUUGCCUCUUCUGCCUUUUGAAUAAUUCUGAUUAAUUCUCUUUCUCUAAAUAACAGUCCGAGACAGAAAGGACCCGGCCUCAGUUCAGUUCAAAGAAACGGCGGUGCCAAAGUGUUCCCUUGGGGUUCCUUGCAAAGACCUGA